AUGUCCUGGGACGCAGGCAAUGCGGUUGGCGGUUGGGACGAUGGUGGCGCUUCGAAUGAGUUCAAGGAUACUGUCACCAAUGACUUUGAUGGCCCUACUGCAGUCGAUGGCUACAAUGGUGGCAAUGGAGGUCUAGGAGGUGGGAAUGAGGGUGAAGGUGACAAUGGCGCCCGCGGCUUUAGUGGUGCCUGCUUCAACUGUGGAGAAGAAGGUCACAGCAAGGCCCAAUGCCCAAACCCAGCUGUAGCUCGUGAGUUCACUGGAACCUGUCGCCUUUGCGAGCAGCCUGGCCAUCGUGCUGCGGAUUGCCCUUCCAAGCCCCCUCAAGUUUGCAUCAACUGCCACUCUGCGCUCGAAUGCAAGAGUCCACGAAAGGUUGAAUAUCCUGGGGUGGAGGAUAUCCCUGCUGAGGAGGCAUGGCUUCAAAUGAAACUGGCUGCUGAUGAGCGUGAUUUGGACGAUAUCAAGGAAGCCGCGUUCAAGUACUUGAAGGCUGCUCCUGAUGCCACAUAUCCACAACUCGAGAAAGCCUUUCGUCUCCAGAAGGUGAACAUCUACCUUAUUGCUAUCGAGAAGGAGCUCUCGAUCACCUACACCAACAUGGAUCUUCAGGGAAACUUGGAUAAGAAGUACACUGUCACUUGGCGCUUGUCCAACAAGCCUAUGCGCCCAAAGGAGAGAGACUCUUGGCCAGCCACCCCAGAGGAGAACCUGGAGCGGCUUGCCGAUGCGGGCACCCCGGUUGAUCGUGGCAUACCCAAAUGCAACAACUGUGACCAGCUCGGUCACAACUCUAAGGCCUGUCCUGAGGAGAAAGUGGAGAACGCCGACCGCGCUGUGAUUAAGUGCUACAACUGUGACGAGAUUGGACACCGCGUCCGCGAUUGUCCCACUCCCCGUGUUGAUAAAUUUGCGUGCCGCAAUUGCAAGCAGGCCGGACACACAAGCAAGGAGUGCCCCGAGCCUCGUUCCGCUGAAGGUGUCGAGUGCAAUAAGUGCAAUGAAGUUGGUCAUUUCAGCCGCGACUGUCCACAGGGAGGGGGUGGUGGUGGCGGCGGUGCUUGCCAUAACUGCGGAGAGGAAGGACAUCGCUCACGAGAGUGCACUAACCCAAAGAAGCUGGUGUGCCGCAACUGUGACGAGGAAGGACACUUGAGCAAGGAAUGCACCAAGCCGAAGGACUGGUCCCGCGUUCAGUGUUCUAACUGCAAGAAGAUGGGCCAUACGAAAGUUAGAUGCAAGGAGCCCGUCGCUGACGAAGACGGAUUGGGCGGAGGAGAUACCGGUGGGCAUACUGGUGGAUUUUCUGGUAACAACACUGGUGGAUUCGCUAGCAACGAUGCUGGCGGAUUUGCUGGUAACGACGCUGGUGGAUUUGCUAGUAAUAACACUGGCGUCGUUGAUUUCUCUGGUGCUGGUUGGGAGGACCCUUCCAAUACCGUUGAGUCCGAGUGGUAA